AUGAUUGGUCACCAAUUUGCGCCGUCGGUUGCGCCCACUCGUUCGAUUAAGGAGGUCCAGUUCGGUAUCUUGAGUCCGGAGGAGAUUCGUGCCUUUUCCGUUUGUAAAAUUGAGCAUCCAGAGGUAAAGGAUGAUGCAACGGGAAAGUACAAGGUUGCCGGGCUGUCGGACCCCCGGCUAGGUACAAUUGACAGGAACUACAAGUGCCAGACUUGUGGCGAAGGACAGGCUGAAUGCCCUGGGCAUUUUGGCCACAUUGACCUUGCGCGUCCUGUAUUCCACGUCGGCUUUUUGGGAAAGGUAAAGAAGCUGCUGGAGUGUGUUUGUGUACACUGCGGCAAGCUGAAAGCAGAUCCUAUUUCCGACCCCGUGUUUAAGAGCAUCCUGCAAGCCACCCGUAUGACCCGCAAGCGCAGGUUCCAACGGGUGUGGGAAUAUUGCUCCAAGAUUUCGGUGUGUGAGGCUGACGAACCAAAAGACGAAGAUGAAUUUGGCGACAAUGCAGAGCCCAAAGUUGGGCACGGAGGGUGUGGGCGUUUUCAGCCGGCCAUUCGCAAAGAGGCUUUGAAGUUGUACAGUGUUUGGCGUCACGGCAAGGAUGAUGAUGAAGAUGGGGGAAAGAUGGCUCAGUCUGAAAAACGCCCAUUAGCUGCGGCGGAAGCUCACACCAUUUUGAAGAAGGUCUCUCCAGAAGACGUAACGAUGCUGGGUCUUUCCGAAGACUUUGCUCAGCCAGAUUGGAUGGUGCUUACCGUCCUUCCUGUUCCUCCCCCCCAAGUACGCCCUGGCGUUACCGAAUUUGGCAGUGGCAUGGGCCAAGAUGAUUUGACUUACAAACUGGCCGACAUCAUCAAGGCCAGUGCAAACUUAAAUCGCAUGGAACAGGAAGGUGCACCUUCGCAUAUUCUCGGCGAUUUUGCAGACCUAUUGCAAUACCACGUCGCGACCUAUAUGGACAACGACAUUGCUGGUCUUCCACAGUCGCUGCAGUCGUCUGGUCGACCCGUCAAAGCGAUUCGUGCGCGUUUGAAAGGCAAAGAAGGCCGCAUUCGUGGCAAUUUGAUGGGCAAACGUGUUGAUUUUUCCGCACGUACCGUCAUUACGGGUGAUCCCAAUCUGGAAUUGGACCAGGUCGGUGUGCCAAAGAGCAUUGCGCGGAACCUGACGUACCCGGAGCGCGUGACGCCAUACAAUAGAGCGUACCUCUCCGAGCUGGUCCGCAACGGACCGAACGAAUACCCAGGUGCUCGCUACGUCAUUCGUGACACGGGCGAGCGCAUUGAUUUAAAAUAUAACCGCCGGGGAGACAUUGCGCUCCAAGCUGGCUGGAUUGUGGAGCGCCAUUUACGGGAUGGCGACUUUGUGUUGUUCAAUCGCCAGCCCAGUUUGCACAAGAUGAGUAUGAUGGCACAUCGUGUAAAGCUGAUGGACUACUCCACCUUCCGUCUGAAUCUCAGUGUUACACCGCCUUACAAUGCAGACUUUGACGGUGACGAGAUGAACUUGCACGUCCCGCAGAGCGAAGAAGGUCGUGCGGAGCUUGCACAGAUCGCUUGGGUGCCUCGCCAAAUUGUUUCGCCGCAGGCCAACAAGCCGGUCAUGGGCAUUGUUCAGGAUACGCUCUGUGGCAUCCGCAAAUUUACACUCCGCGACUGCCUGCUAGACUUUGACCAGGUGCAAAAUAUUCUUUUGUGGGUCCCUGAUUGGGACGGCGUUAUUCCUCAGCCAUGCGUGAUUAAGCCCAAGCCGUACUGGUCUGGGAAGCAGAUCUUGUCGAUGUGCAUUCCCAAAGGUAUCAAUGUGUUUUUGGGUGAUGCCAAGCAAGCUACGACCAACUACCACCAAGACGACGGCGUGCACAUUGAAAAUGGCGAGAUUAUGUUUGGCGUGAUUAACAAAAAGGUUGUGGGCUCCACUGCCGGCGGUCUCAUCCACAUUAUUUUCCGUGAGCGCGGGCCCACAGUCUGCCGUGACUUUUUUGGUGGUGUUCAGCGCGUGGUCAACUUCUGGCUUUUGCACAACGGUUUCUCGAUUGGUAUUGGCGAUACAGUCGCAGACAAGGCCACCACGGCCAAUAUUAAUUCCACCAUUGCCAAGGCCAAGUCAGAAGUGAUGAACCUGAUCCAAGCUGCACGCUUUGACUGGCUCAAGGCCGAUCCAGGUAUGACCAUUCGCGAAUCCUUUGAAGCCAAUGUGAAUCGCAUUUUGAACAAGGCGCGUGACGAUGUUGGCUCGCACGCUGAGCAGAACCUGCCUGACUGGAACAAUGUGAAGCAGAUGGUAGUGGCUGGUUCCAAGGGCUCGUUCAUCAACAUUUCGCAAAUGUCUGCGUGUGUCGGCCAACAGUCUGUGGAAGGCAAGCGUAUUCCGUUUGGUUUCCGCCACCGCAGUCUGCCGCACUUCACCAAGGACGACUUUACACCAGAAAGCCGUGGUUUUGUGGAGAAUUCUUAUCUGCGCGGGCUCACCGCGCACGAAUUCUUCUUUCACGCGAUGGCUGGCCGCGAAGGAUUGAUCGACACUGCCGUCAAGACGGCCGAGACUGGAUACAUUCAGCGUCGUCUUGUCAAGGCGUUGGAGGAUGUGACGAUUUGCUACGACGGCACUGUGCGCAACUCCACCAACAGUGUCAUUGAAUUUGCCUACGGCGACGACGGCAUUGAUGGUGCUAUGGUCGAGCGCCAGAAACUCAUCACGCAUGGCUUGAGUGACACUGAAUUCCGCCGUCGUUUCCGUGUGGAUCUUGCGCAUGGAGGAUUUAAGAAAGGCACGCUUCGCGCUGGUCUUGGCGACUGGUCGCCCGAGCUCGAGCAGCUCUUGGACGAGGAGUUUUCCCAGCUGGAAAAGGACAGAAAUGUGCUCCGCACCGAAGUGUUUAGCACAGACCGUGUCGACACCUAUCUUCCGCUCAACAUUGCCCGUCUUGUCCUCAAUGCCCAGCAGAUUUUCCACAUCGAUCCCCGCAAGCCCAGCGACCUUUCUCCGUUUGAGAUUGUUGAGGGCCUCUGCCGUGUGUUGGACAACCUUAUUGUGGUUCGCGGUGACGACGAUAUUAGCCGCGAGAUGCAGGAAAAUGCGACACUCCUUUUCAAAAUCCAUGUGCGCGCGUUCUUGUGCACCAAGCAGGUCAUUGAAAUCCAUCACAUCACCCGCGAAGCUUGGGAAUGGAUUUUGGGCGAAAUUGAGGGCCAAUUCCAGCGCAGCCUCGCACAGCCCGGCGAAAUGUGCGGUACGCUUGCCGCGCAGAGUAUCGGUGAGCCAGCGACGCAGAUGACGCUCAACACCUUCCACUAUGCAGGUGUUUCGAGCAAGAAUGUCACGCUUGGUGUCCCUCGUUUGAAAGAGAUUAUCAACUGCGCGGAGAAUAUCAAGACGCCUUCUGUCACCGUUUAUUUGGAAACCAAGUACAGCAUCUCGUCCGAGUCUGCCAAGGUCAUCCAAACGUCUUUGGCCUACACCACGCUGCAGACCGUCACCUCCUCUGUGGAAGUCUUAUACGACCCCGAUCCAAGCUCGACUGUGAUUGCCGAGGACCGCGAGUUUGUGGAUGCAUUUUUCGCCAUUCCCGACGAGGAAGUAGAGGCAAGCCUCGAGCGCCAGUCACCAUGGCUUCUUCGUCUUGUCUUGGAUCGCGCAAAGAUGCUCGACAAGAACUUGAGUGUCGCAGAGGUGGCCUCCAAGAUCAGCGCCAUGUUUGGUCGUGACGUGUUUGUGAUGCACUCGGAAGAUAAUGCCGAAGAGCUUGUUGUGCGGAUCCGUAUUGUCGACAACGACGCGGACAAGGACGUGCAAGGCGAAGAAGACAUCUUUCUAAAGAGCCUCGGCCAGCAAAUGCUCUCAGACAUUGCGCUGAAGGGUGUGCCCGGGAUUGAUAAGGUGUUUAUUGUCAAGCAGGACAAGUCCACGCGUCGCUUUGAUUCUGCGACGGGCGAAUGGGACACGUUGAAAGAGUAUGUCUUGGAGACGGACGGCACCAACUUGAAAGAUGUGCUCGCCGUCAAAGGCGUCGACGUCUCGCGCACGCUCUCCAACAACUGCGUGGAAGUGUUCCGUGUGUUUGGCAUUGAAGCUGCGCGUGGCUCGCUUCUCAAAGAGAUGCGCAAUGUGAUUGAAUUCGACGGCUCCUAUGUCAACUACCGCCACCUGGCGCUGUUGGUUGAUAUCAUGACUAGCCAAGGCACGCUUAUGGCGAUCACUCGCCAUGGCAUCAACCGCACAAACCAAGGUGCGCUCAUGCGCUGCACCUUUGAGGAGACUGUAGAGAUUCUCAUGGAAGCCGCGGCGAUGGGCGAUAGCGACGACUGCAAUGGCGUCGCGCAGAAUGUGAUUCUUGGCCAGAUGGCGCCCAUGGGUACAGGCGCGUUCGACCUGAAUGUCGACGUCGAGAUGCUCAAAGACGUCAUUGUGAAUCACAAUCAGCCAUACACAAAUAUGCUCGAGUCGAAGCUUGGUAUGGAUGAUGAUUUGGGCGCUCGUACGCCCGGCGGUAUGACACCCUACGACACUGGCUCGCCCAACAUUGACGACGCUUUCCGCGUGCAGCAGCAGGCCAUGUUCUCGCCUUUGGUCGAGGUCGGCGGUGACGAGGGGGGCUAUGGUGAUUAUCUCAGUGCUGGGCGCAGUCCGAUGCGGACGCCGCUCGGUGCGCAGAGCCCCGGUGGCUAUGGAUACGCUCCUACCUCUCCGGGCUACGUUCCUACAAGUCCUGCCUACAAUGCUACUAGUCCGGCUGUGGGUCUGGGGGGAAUGAGUCCGUGGGUCGGUGCAGGCGGUAUGACAUCGCCAGCGUACAGUCCUACUUCGCCGGGAUACAGUCCAACAAGCCCGAGCUACUCGCCAUCGUCUCCUGUUGUUGGCAAUCCGCGUAGCUCGUACACUUCGCGUAUGUCGCCAGCAAGUCCAGCCUACUCGCCAACCUCGCCGCAGUACUCGCCAACCUCGCCAGCGUACUCACCGACCUCGCCGCAGUACUCGCCGACUUCGCCUGUGGGACGCCAUGGCUCGCAUCGCGGUGCAGGUCCAAAGUACUCGCCGACUUCGCCACAGUACUCGCCGACUUCGCCACAGUACUCGCCGACUUCGCCACAGUAUUCGCCGACUUCGCCGCAGUAUUCGCCAACGUCCCCGCAGUAUUCGCCGACUUCGCCACAGUAUUCGCCAACCUCCCCGCAGUACUCUCCGACCUCGCCGCAGUACUCUCCGACCUCGCCGCAGUAUUCGCCAACGUCCCCGCAGUAUUCGCCAACUUCCCCGCAGUACUCGCCGACUUCGCCGCAGUAUUCGCCGACUUCGCCGCAGUAUUCGCCAACGUCGCCGCAGUAUUCGCCAACUUCCCCGCAGUACUCACCCAGUGCGAAUGGCGCCGCUGGCGGUGCGUCUUCUCCGCGCCGGAGCCGCAUGUCAAGCAAGCCUACGUGGCAGCGCUAA